AUGGCCUCCUUCAUCACCGACCUCUGGGAGUCCAUCUUCGUGCCCGGCCCAACACCCACCAUCCUCAAAGCCACAAACGCCACGUUUGCCGCGCUCCAGGUCGUCCUCCUGGGACUCCUCGUCGCCACGACCAGCAUACACUUUGUCGUCCUGUCUAUUCUCUGCGCGGGGCUAUGGUACUCGAUCAACUGGUUCGCGGGGGAGGUGGCCAUCGCGCAGAAGAGGCAGCAGGAGGAGGCGGAGCGGAACAAGGCCAGCGAGGACACCAAGGACAAGAACAAGGACGGGGACGACAGCGACACCGAGGUUGAAGCUACGGCGAGAGAAGGCCGACGAAAGUUGAAAAAGAGAGGAGAGAGCAGUGCGGUUGGACAGACUAGGAAUUUGGAGGUUUCGCCGGGCGGAGAGACGCAGUCUAGUGUCAGUACUGAGGAUGAGUGGGAGAAGGUAUCGGGGAGCGAGAAGUGA